ACACUUUGCAGAGGAUUGAAACGCUUCAGUAAGUGACACCAGAAUAGUUGUUUGCGGACAUACCAUGGUGAAAAUAUCUGUUCUCCAACAUGCUCCUUCAGUACACCUACCUGCACGUCCUGGAGACCCUACGCCUACCACCCGCAAUCUCGAUCCCUUGAUGCACCCAUUUGCUCGUGCUCGUGAGCGAAAUCGUGCUUUGAAUGCUGCCAAAAUGGACAAACUAUUUGCAAAGCCCUUCGUAGGGGCUCUCGAGGGUCACAUAGACGCGGUCGAGGUGUUAUGCAAAAAGCCUGGGUCAUUGAGUGCUGUUGCCAGUGGUAGCUGGGAUGGAGGCGUGAUUUUGCAUAAUGUUUCCGAGCGCAAACACAUCCGUCGAAUACAAGGUGCUCAUAAGGGCAAAGUGUCGGGCCUUUGUUUUGCUCAAGACGACCGGCUGCUAAGCUGCGGCGUGGACAGCAAAAUCAAACUUUGGGACGCGAGCCCGCAAGAUGAUAUAACAGAGCAGCGCCCACUGAACGAAUAUCCGGGGAAAUCAGCAUUCAAUUCAAUAGAUCACCAUCGUUCAGAUCCACUUUUUGCUACAGCUUCAAACAUUGUUCAAAUAUGGGACGAAACAAAGAGCGCCGCAAUAUCCAACUUGACGUUCCCCACGUCCACAGAGACCAUCACGUCUGUGCGAUUCAAUUUGAGUGAAACAAGUGUACUUGGCAGCAUUGGCUCAGAUCGAACUUUCACCCUCUAUGAUAUUCGCACAGGAAAGGCAGAGCGUCGUAUUGUCAUGCAGAUGAGCUCAAACGCGCUUGCAUGGUCACCAACUUUUCCAACGAAUGUCUUGCUUGCAUCUGAGGAUCACAAUCUCUAUACGUUUGAUGUCAGGCAACUGAAAACUCCCACUCACAUCUACAAAGGACAUGUUGCAGCAGUUAUGAGCUGUGAUUGGAGCCCGACUGGAUUGGAAUUUGUUAGUGGUGGAUGGGACCGAACAGUAAGAAUAUGGAAGGAGGGUCAGGGCACGAGACCAGAAGUGUAUCAUACUAAACGAAUGCAAAGGGUCUCAUCAUCUAUAUUCACUGCCGACGCACGUUUUGUACUGACGGGCUCCGACGAUGGUAAUGUACGGAUAUGGAAAGCCAAAGCAUCAGAAAAACUUGGUAUCAUCACAGCCCGGGAGCGCGCCGCAAUCGAAUACCGGGAUACCUUGAAAGACAAAUGGAAGCACGACAACGAAGUUGGCAGGAUUCAACGCAACCGACACUUGCCAAAGCCAGUUUACCAGGCUGCGAAGCUCAAACGCACUAUGCUCGAUACUCGUGCCGUCAAGGAAGAACGUCGGCGGAAACAUACAUGUGCCGGAGAGAGCAAACCAAACGCAGAGCGCAAAAAGAUGGUUAUUACGGAGCAGACUUAAUUGCGCACUCGACGUUAGCCUAUACCUAUAUUAUGACCCCCGUAUCUUGACAUGCAACAGCGCAAUUUCACCUACACAUGCUGCAACUGCCGAUCACCCCAACUACUGGUGAUUUAUAAGUGGGUCGUAGCGGACCUUGCAACACGUUGUUAGUAUCCAAGGCUGCCAUGGAAGUGGUGCAUGAUGAAUAUUAGACCUCGAAUUUGAAGGCUUCGGUGAAGCUAUGAGCCACGUCGGCGAUCAAGGCCAUUGUUGUUAGCCGGGAGUCUGAUU